CUCAACGACAUUGAUGUGUGCUUCUGCUACAGCACAGCAUUUUCGACUUUCGGGGGACCAUAUCUUGCUCAGCUGUCCUACACGCUGGGUCACAGUUUGAAACCGGGUUCAAGGGUCAUCACAGUCGACAAGAUGUUGGUCAGCGAUGGUCCAUGGGAAUUCCAACUACUGCACAGCAUAGACGGCAAGAACGAAGAAGUUGGGGGGAGCACGGGAUACAUCUGGAAGGUGGUAAAGAGCGCUGUGGUAUAG